CCCAUCGAUGUGCACCACUUGGCUAAUUAGGCAUCUCGCGCCGUGGCGGCCCGCAUCCCAGAAUGAGCGCCGUGUCCACCCCCCCUGAGCUGAGCCCAGUUCUCAGCGCUGCUGGGGGCGCGCGGAGGCUCUCCACCCGCAGGGGCUCAGUCGCUGCGGCGGACCCCUGGGGCGCGCACAACGAAGUCAACAUGAACCCCUCUCGCUCCCUCACAAGCCGGCUCACCAUCGUCCGCGUCCCGCAACACGACCUCGAAGAGUCCCCCAGGCGGCACAGACGGCAUGGAAGCAAUGCCUCGCUCAACUCAAACGCAUCUGGGAAGAGUGACCAUGGCCCCGGAGGAAGGCUGAGCUUUGCGUUUUCCACCUUCUCGCCCCCCGGAGGGCAGGGUGUGGGCUCUGGUCGUCCAGUCAGUCCUUCCGGUUCGCCUCGUUUCCGCCCUUCGUCUCCCAAUAGCUCGCGUUUUCCCUCGGCGCUGCCGAGCCACAGCAAGCUCUCCCCGGAGCAGCUCAUCGAGGUCGCCCGAACCUCGGUCAAUCCCCGUUCGCCCCUUCCUUCGCCUGGCGGACCGCUAGCCAAUGCGCAGUCCGAGGCGAGGCCAGUAUCCUUCACCCCACUUCCGGAGUCUAUCUACCUCCCAUUCAUCGACCGGCCCGCAGAAGUCUCUUCACUCAUAGAGUCCCAGCCGAAUGCGAGGCUCUUCGCUCUUCUCCAACAAACGUUCCCACCGGACGCACGUGCGCCCAUGGGCUCCAAAUACGAGACGUCGAACGCUUCUCCCGACCCGAAGGACUGGACGUACGCCGACCUCGAGUUCUGGCUGAAGCAAGUCGACCGAGACGUCGCAGACGACGUCCACUGGAUCCGGAAGGCGCGCCGGUGUGUCAUCGCCCACAGUGAGCUCAUCUGGGAGCGUGUCAAAGGCGCGUUGGGCGUGCCGCCCGAGCUUGAUAUCGAGGAAGAAGGCCUCGAGCUUCUAGACGGGCCAGCGACCUCCGAAUCCUUGGAUUCGAACGUCUUCGAGCCGGACUCCCCUGUCGCGCCCUCGCAAUCCGUCCCAAGGUCUGAGGACCCCAAUGACGACAUCGUCAUCGAGCCGGUCUUCGCCGACGAGACGCCUCUGCCUUCCAUCAUCUCAGAGCCGGCUGGCGGCCUCGGAUCCUCCCUAGGCGACCUGCGAGAGGAGGACGAGACGGAGGGAGCUGAAGAGAAGGCGGAGCAGGAGAAGGAGGUCCGGGGCCUGCGCUUCAUCACGUCCCCAAGCUCGCCCGCGCUGCCGCCCGUACCCAACAUGAGUCCCUUAGUGCAACCGAAGUUUGCCUCGCCCGCUGGCACGAACGACAAGGACUUGCCCUACGAUAUCCUCCAGGAGCGCGGCCCGGGUCAUCCGCUCUUCCCGAGCAACUUCACCCAGCUCAGUUUAUCGCCGACUCUACAGCCGAGCAAACGUACCAUGAGCGUGUCCGGUUACCCGCCACGGCCGGCGUACGGGAGUCCGCACGCGAUCCGGGGCGGGGCGAGCAUGUUUCGCACCAACAGCAUCGAUGCCGGUGCCGGACGCACGGCUGGGAUGCUGCGCCCCGAGUGGGCGCGCAAUUGGGACCCCAGCAAGCACGAAUACGCCGUGACGACGGCGAGCACCGGUAGUGUCAAUGGCGCUGAGUGAACUCUUCCGUGCAGGCUCCGUUGACCGUCUCGCUCCCGAGUUGCUACUUGGGGUACUUGCCCACCCGAACCCAAAAUCCACAUAAUAGAAAUCGACGCUAGCAUGACUCAAACGAUGCCUCGCUAUGCGAUCACGUCGGGGAGGGGAUGAGGAAAAGGAUGUAGAUGGCCGACGAUCGUUAUUGUACUUGUGCGGACUAGGAUAUCUCUCGUUUCCUUUGGGGAGGACAUGUCAUGAACAAGCUCUGAGGUUAUGUUAUGCUUUCGCCUGUUGUAUGUGUACAUUGUUAUGAAGCACAGUGGCCCGCCGUCAAGCGCGCUAUAUAUCUCG